AUGCCGUUCAUCUAUCUGCGAUGCUACAGUGCAGGAGUAGCUUCAGCUACGGAUAGGGCCGAAGCAGUCGCUGCUCGAGCACAACAAUGCGACGAAACUUCGUGCGCUACCGUUGCUGACGACUACAAUGCUGCCACCCUUUUCCAUCCUCCUACUUCCCCACUGCAGAAGAUCGAACGAUUGAAAUGGCUGAUCCUUUCCCUCGACGGCAUUUGUGGAGAAAGGGUGGUGGUCGAAAGCAGGGCUCGGUAUGGUGACGACCAGGCCACACCCUCUGGGCGCACGCUAGCCUUCGAGCCAGCCUUGCAGGCAGCGGUGUUAGUGCCCGACUCGGCUCUCGAGGCGGGGCACUGCGGUGAGGUGCCUGCCGUUUCCUCAGCCGUCUGCAGAGCAGCACAAAUUCAAUCUUCUGGGCCCGACGCACAGAGCGGCGAGCGUGGAUGCGCCCAAAUCGGCCUCGGUGGCCACAGACAUCUCGAUUAUCGCUUCCCUACCAUCUUGCAUCGCAGCGCACGCCCAUCCGCGCACAGCAUCCACCUACGCAUCCUCGCCUCGCAUCGCAUCGCGUCGGCGCUUGUCGCAACGCCUCUGGACAUCAUGGUGGCACCUACGGCUUCCGGCUCGAGCCUGGCUCGGCAAGUGGGCGGGAUGCUGCUCUCGUCGUCGCGCGUCGCCACCACCUCUGCACUUCCACGAUACGCCUUUUCGCUCAGCGUUCGACACUCGCACGUCGGGAGUGCGCCAUUGGAUCUUCCGACCUCGACGAGCAUUGAGAUUCUGCCGUUUCCGCCGCAUCCGAACCCGUCGCGACCACUUCUCCCCUCGCUGCGCCAUGCGCGAUCCGCGCUGGUGAAGGGUCCCAAGGGCGAAGUAGUCGUCCCUCUGCACGAGUGCGUGACGCUGUUGAACGCGUCGAAACCCGUGGCCGUGGGAUCGACGCUCGAGUCGGCACGCAUCACGCUGUCGAUCAAGGACGAUAGCAGCAAAAAGCAGCGUGGCACCUGGGGUCUCACGCGCUCUCUCCUGCAUAACGCCCUCGUCGGCGUGAGUGAAGGUCACACUGUAUCGCUCAAGCUUGUUGGUGUGGGUUACCGUGCUUCGAUCGAACCGGACCCGCUCCCGCGCACGUCGAAGCUCGACAUUGCCCUCGCCAGCUCCAAAUCGUUCUUCCUCUCGGAAGCCGCCAAGCAGGCAGAGGUCGAGCGUGCAGAGAGGAUCAAGCAGGAGGCAGAGAAGCAGGGACCCAACCAAAGACUCCAUAUCAGGCUGGGUUACAGUCACCCCGUCUUGAUUCCCGUGCCGUACGGCGUGCAGGUGCAGAUCCCCCAGCCCAACCGAAUCGUCAUCAAGGGCGCCGACCGCGAACAGCUCGGCCUGUUUGCAAGCCAGAUCAGGAGCUGGAGGAAACCAGAACCGUACAAGGGCAAGGGCAUCUUUGUCGACGACGAGACCAUCCGUCUCAAGACCGCCAAGAAGAAGUAG